AUGAAGCUCCUCGCAUCCCUUGCUCUUUUGGCCGCUACCACCCUAGCCACUCCCGUGGCUCCUCGUGCGCCGACAAAGGAAUUCAAGCUCAAGACCACCGACUCCAAGAUCACUGAAUUCAACAACCUUUAUCUCUAUUCCUACCACACUGGUGCUGGUCUGAGUGAUGCUGUUCUAUCCAGUAAUGCUACUGCAGCACCCAAGUUCUCGCUCAACGGUACCACCGCAUAUGCCGACCUGGGCACAACUUUCCCCUGGGGUGUAGAGGUCGGCGGUGAUACCAACUAUGCUGCGUGGGAACCCGUCACUAUUAAUGCUGGACAAGGUGAAGCCGAGUUCGCGAUCCAGAAUGGUGACUUUGUCUAUUCUGAGGAACAAGGGUUUGCCGGCUGGCUUGUCUGCUCCUGGUACCACAAUGCGCCGCAACUCUUCGCUCUUAUCAAAUACUACGACCCUGUUAUCCCCUCCAGCUGCAGCAAGGUCACACUGAAGGCUGUCUACUAA